CAAAUAUAAAAACAGGAAUCUGAGAUGUUCGGAAAUAUAUCCGCACAAAGAAACCAAAUAAUAAUAAUAGGAGAAGAUUAACCCUUUUUCUGCAACAAACGCGCUGUCGUGUCAAAAAAGAAGUCUGGAGGACGUUGAUAAACAGGUUUAACCACCGAAGCUUUGAAGACUAGCUCUGUAUUCACCAGUCAACUGUCACAGUUUCCAACAUCAUGGCUCCCUCGCUGGCCACAGCCUUUUCUCGCCGCUGGUGGAUGGCAGUGACAGCAGUGAUAGAAAACUUGCUUUUCUCUGCUGUGCUGCUGGGAUGGGGCUCGCUGCUCAUAAUGCUCAAAUCAGAGGGCUUCUAUUCCUACCUCUGCAAAGAAUCAGGUAACAGUACGGUCCAGAACAUGUCAGAGGCGUCCAAUGGAACAAUAGUGAGUCCAACAGCUAAGGAAGAGGAGUUUCUGCAAAUGAAUGGCUGGCCCAUCUGUAAAGAGCAGGACGAGAUGCUAAAUCUGGCCUUCACCAUUGGUUCCUUCCUCCUCAGUGCCAUCACCCUGCCUCUGGGAAUUGUCAUGGACAAAUACGGCCCACGCAAACUCCGCCUGCUGGGCAGUGCCUCCUUCGCUCUCUCCUGUAUCCUAAUUGCCUAUGGAGCCAAAGAUCCUAGAAAUCUCUCUGUCUUGAUCUUCUUCGCCCUGGCGUUGAACGGCUUUGGGGGGAUGUGCAUGACCUUCACAUCACUUACGCUUCCCAACAUGUUUGGAGAUCUUCGCUCCACUUUCAUUGCACUCAUGAUCGGAUCCUAUGCGUCUUCAGCUGUCACCUUCCCUGGCAUUAAGGUGAUCUAUGACCUUGGUGUGGCCUUCAUCACCAUCCUGCUGGUUUGGGCUGGUUGUGCUGGCCUUGUCUUCAUCAACUGCUUCUUCAACUGGCCUCUGGAGCCCUUCCCUGGACCCGAGGACAUGGACUACACUGUAAAGAUCAAGUUCAGCUGGCUAGGCUUUGACCACAAGAUCACUGGAAAGCAGUUCUAUAGGCAGGUGACCACUGUAGGCCGCAGACUAAGUGUAGGGAACUCCAUGAAGAACCAGCCCAAAGUGUUGGCCACUCAGGAGGGCAACAAACUCUGCUUGUCCACUGUUGAUCUGGAGGUGCAGUGCAAGGCUGCAGAGGAGUCCCAGUCAUUCAUGCGCAGUAUCUUCAGCCCCAUCUUCAUGCUCAGUCUCAUCACCAUGUGUGUCACCCAGCUACGGCUGAUCUUUUACAUGGGAGCUAUGAACAGCAUCCUGGACUCCUUUUCUGAUGGAGACCUCACCACAGUGGAGAAGAUGGAACAGGUGGACACAUACACCUCUAUCUUUGGAGUGCUGCAGCUGCUGUGUCUCUUGACUGCUCCAGUAAUCGGUUACAUCAUGGACUGGAGACUAAAAGAGUGUGAGGAUGAGAACGAGAAACAAGUCAAGGAUCCCACACAGCCAAAGAAGCGCGACAGGAAGAUCCAGAAGAUCAGCAACGCCACCCGGGCCUUCAUCUUCACCAACCUGCUGCUGGUGGGGUUCGGGGUCACUUGUCUGGUGCCCAGCCUGCAUCUCCAGAUUUUGUCCUUCGUGUUGCACACCAUCGUGAGAGGUUUUAUCCAUUCUGCUGUGGGUGGCUUGUAUGCUGCUGUGUACCCUUCCUCUCAGUUUGGCAGUCUGACAGGAAUGCAGUCUCUGAUCAGCGCUCUCUUCGCUCUGCUGCAGCAGCCUCUCUUCAUGGCCAUGAUGGGCCCAUUAGAGGGAGACCCUCUCUGGGUUAAUGUUGGCUUGCUGGUUGUCAGCAUGCUGGGCUUCUGCCUGCCCUUCUACCUGCUCUGCUAUGGCAAGCAGCUGCGCCGGCAGAAACAGGAGCGCGAGGAUGAUCCCAAAAUCUAUGUCCAGAUCAACAACGGCACCAACUCAGAGGCCUUUGUUUGAACAUGCACAAGACAGCAGGAGCCAGAGAGACAUAGAGAGAGAGAGAGCCAGGGCGAAGCAGGGAGGAAUGCAGAGAAAAAUGAAAGUUACAAGCAGUCUAAUUCCACCCUCUUCUUCCCUUCAUCCAUCUGCAAUCAGUGUUCAGCCACACUUACACGCAAAUAGACAAACACGUGCACAGCCAAAGCAGCAAAGACACUUUAAACUGUAGUUUAAAGUCACAAUGCCACCCUGACGUGUUUACACACUAAAUACUCGAGUGGGCUGGAUAAACACUGUAAAACACACAAAGACACACAGCUCUUCUCCCUUACUCACUCACAGAUUAUCUAUGAGCUCAUCCGUAAAGCAGAAAUGGGCCACACACAUCCAUCCAGGUCAACACCUCAGGAACGAGGGAAGAAGGAGCAAGAGGAAACUCUGCUCCACGCAAAAACACUGUCCUGCCCUCAUGUUUUGAUUUUGCUGAAGUUUAUUCCCAAUCUUCUUGCUAAGGAGAUGCAAGAAACAAUAACAUUUGACACAGCUGAUAAACCCCGUCCAUGCUGAGAACACUCAAUAGAACUCAACAGAAGAGAAACUGACAGUCACGUUUUGUUUGCCAGUAACUAUGACAGACACCUGCUUCAUCUCUGGUCACUCUGACCCCUGUUUACAGUCAAACUAGAUGCUAUCUUCUACUCUAAGAUGCAGUCUUAAAGAAUUGCUCUGAUCCAACAGCAUGCAUAGCAUGGGCAUGAGACUGCAGGCUUUUCUGAAUGGAACUAGAUCUGAGGCAAGCUGCAUGCACAUAGAUGAAACCAUGUCAAACGAAAUCUUUAGAUUUUUAAUCUUUAGAAUAUAUUCAGUAUAAUAAACUUGUCAAUGUUUUUAAGGUAAUCCCAAGUUCUGUAGGCUUUGCUUGGGUUUGGCAUGUAACAACAGAUAUCAGACAUUUCAGGAAAAAGUACGAAAACCAAAGUGCUGUUUCUCUGAAUAUUAUCCAUGCAAAAUGGCCUGCAACAGUUUCUUUUCCCCAACAUAUAUGAUAUGGUUUUCUGACUCCAUUCAGAAUGUUGCAGUAGUAAUAUUAAUUAUAAUAAAAAGCUUCUCAUACUGGUCCUCCCAGACAGUCCAUAUUUUCAUUCCUUCUUUGUUUUGGGAGCUCAAAUAGCACAAAAAUGUGGACUGUCUGGGGAGCCCUAAGAACCAGUUUGAGAACCAUUCCUAUAAAGUAAAGCUUUUUUGAAUUAUUGAUUUGGUCAAUUGACAGCAAUCAAUCAGUAAGGGGCAGUGUUCAGAGUCUAUAAAGUCACUGACUCGCAUCAAUGACUCACAUACAGUGUAAUCAACUGAACUUCACCAGCAAUAAUGUGCCACACCAUAAUUGCACAAUUAUUAGAUUGUAGGUAAUGUGCUGAUCAUUGUGUUUCCAAAUGACCUGCUCAGUAGUAGCCUACUACUGGCUAGGUAUUACACCUUAGCACGACAGUAAAAGUGCAUAUGAGUGUUCUUUUCAUAUAUUUACUUUGUGAAAUGUUUAGCUAGUAAUAAUUCUUGUCAUAUGUAUUUACCUGCAGUAUGACUUUGUUCAAGUUUUAUUUCCACAAUAUGUGUACAUGUAUAUGUGUGUAUGUGUUUGUGUGUGUUUAUGGAGAGACAGCAUGUUGGUAAAGGGAUGUGAGUAGGAUGAUCCGCCAUCCUUGUGACAAAAGUUGAGGAUUUAGCACGGCUAACAGUAACAGUGCUUAUGUUACUUUUUGUGGAGCAUCCAUACAUUUGUACUGUAUUCCUAUCCUGAUACACAGCUAAACAAGACCAACACACAAGGUCUUUUAACCAAGCAGUAGCCAUGUGUGUGCUCAAGGAUGUUGGUCUACCACAGUGUUUACCUAAAUGGUGCUCUUGAAAAAACUAAUUACACUUUCUGUAAUAGUCAAGUAUUAGUUUAGCAUAUCUUGCGACAGCAGUCACACUGUGUGACAAAAAGAAAAAAAAAACAUGUAAAAACUUGAAUUCAUAUUGACCAUCAAAAAGGGAGAGGGAGAUGCUUCAUCUCUAACGUGUCUCUUCUUUGGUCCCACAUUCUUGUAGCUCAUCAUAUGCCUGUAUUAGUACAGUGUAAUGGUUCGGUGUCAGCUUUAUCAAUGUUCAAAUCCUAAAUUCAGAUGAUUUACCUCAGCACUUCCAUGUGCCCCUGUGAAAAAACAGUGUACAGCUGAUUUAAGAUGGUUUUGAGUGGAAAUGUCAUUGAAUUUGAGUGAAAUGUCAAUGAAUUUGCAUGAUCUAUGUCCUGUCAACUCACUCUUAAAAGUAGCGGUGCCGAAUGUGGUUCCUUGAGUCAUGCCACAGAAGAACAACCUAAAAAAAAACUUUCAAUAGAUGGUUCUUAAGAGAAACAUUUUGCAAAUGAGAUGUAUGGGAACCUUUUUUAGGUUUGAAGGACCUCCACAUAAUAGAGAGAACCUUUAAAUUUGUCUAAAAACUUUACAUUGUGUGAGGUUUUUUUAAACCAAAAAUGGAUCUUCUGUCGCAUUGUUGAAAGAAUCCACUGUGACACCUUUAUUUGUAAGAGUGACUGUUUAUUACUAUUUCUUAUCCACUGAUACACCCAUGUGUAGGUAUGUGUAUCACACAGAGACAUCUCCACUAUUGUAGGCCUUAGUGAAUGAAUGAUGUGUUGAAUUAACGGCACUAGUGCACCUUAAGUUUUAAUCAGGUUGCUGAAAGAUUCUGCGUAAAAAUGUGCCCUUACUGUCCGUAUAAACAGCUCGCACAUUCCGUGUGAUUGUAGAAUAUAUGGACCUAUUAACCUUGAAUACUUUUUAUGUGUCGCCCCUAAAUGUGUCUAUCUUAUAUAUUUAUAUAACUUUCCCCAAAUGGAGAUGUCUCAUUGUGAUCUUCAACAGAAUGGAUGUUCCUUUAUUCUUUCUUUGCUCUCUUUCUCUUAUACACAUAAACAACAGAGCUGUGCAGAAAAACAGGUUAAUCUAUCUCACACCCUUCCUUUAUUGUCUGUCUCUCUUAGCAUGAAUAUGGAGACUAGUGGUGUAUAGAGUACCAGAUGGAUGGCUUUUACUGACUUGAACAUGCCUAGAUACUGCAGGUGGAAUUGUUCAUUGAUGCAGUACUGUACUAAAGCGCGAUGAAUGUGGGAGUAUGACCUUCAUGCCCCGAGACUGGGAGAAGCAGCACUUUUUCACUGCCAUACCUUAAAUGUUAAUCCUUUUUCUCAUAAUACAAUCAUGAAGCUUUUCCACAUCACAUCUCCCCAAUCUGUUUGUUUUACAGAGUGAUUGAUUGUUGAUAGCAGUGCAAAUGUCUGAAGACGAUUGUGGGAUGUUGAAGUGUAGAAAGAGAUAUCAGCUGAAACAUCAAUGUUAUUUUUUUAUCCUGACUUGUAUUUUAUAGUUCAUUUAAAUGUAGCCUGUUUUGUUAAUUGUUUCAUCUUUUCUAGGUCCUUUUUUUCUCGUCUGUGUGUGCAUUGAAAUAUUUUUGUCUCAAUACAGUGUAUGGCAUUUUGGUUACUUUUAUCACUAUUUAGCAAUUGUUAUUCAAUUUUUUGAUUAUUGUUUCAACAAAAGAAAAUCAAGUAUGAAAAAUAAAUAUAAACCCAAAAUAA